CCUCUGUUUUAUUCGUUCAAAAUUCGCCAUUAUAAUGACCUCCAUUAGCUUAGAAGAACUCCAUCUUUACCACUCCAUUGACAGAGAAAUCUUCUCCCGUUUACUCAUUAAACUCUCUCGAGAUCCCGCCCAGUCUCUUCUAAUCAUUUCUCUUUGGCUAUGGCUUGAAGAACAAGGCUUCACCAAUUUCAUCUUCAGAAUCAUGCCUCUCUCCGACCCUUCAUUGAAUUCUCUAGCCAAUGAAGCUGUUUUCUGUCUCAGCUGCUUAGAUUCCACCAACCACCCCGGAUUGCCCCACCCCACCGUACUUCCGGCCACCUCCAAGGCGGGCGGAAGAGAAAUUCCGGUUGAAAUGUUCGUCCAAAACCGUUUCAGAGCCAUCAGUGGGGUGAAGUACUUUCUCACCAAUGUCUGUGCUCGGAUUUUCACCGAUAUUUUGGAGAUUGUUUUGGGUAGAAAUAAUUCUCAAUCGAAUGAGGCUUUAGUGAUUCAUGGAUUCCCGCAUCCCAUUUUUGGUUCGAUCACAAUAAUCCCAAAAUCCUUGGAUCAAGAUUUUCCGACCGGCGGGUUGUGGGGUUGGCCGUCAGCGGACGCUGGCAUGUCGGAAGAUGACCGGACUCUGUUUCUGACAUUUUCACGAGGCUUUCCGGUGACGGCGGAGGAAGUGAAGGGUCUAUUUGUACAGGCGUUUGGAGAUUGUGUUGAGAGUAUUCAGAUGGAGGAAGUUGAGGCCGGGGAGCAGCCGUUGUAUGCUCGAAUGGUGAUGAGUUCGGUGGUUCCCGUCGAUCAGAUUCUCGACGGGAAGCGAAUUGCCAAGUUCCGUAUUAAUGGGAAACACAUUUGGGCUCGAAAGUAUGAGAGGAGAUCGGAGUUAUUGAUGUGAACGAGAAGAACCCAUUUGGGAAAAAGUGAAUAUCUUUGUGGGUUUUGAAUAAAAAUGCCAACUUUGUAGUUUAACGUAAAAGCAUUUUGAAAAUUUUAACGUCAGGUGUGUGUGUGUUUUUCUUUCCUUGUGUUUCAUGUUGGCUUUAAUUUUCAAUACCACACAUACUUCUAUAUAUACACAUAUAGUUUUGAAUUACAAAGUAAGAGUGAGACAACUUCUUUGCCGU